GUUUAAUAAAGCAGCUACAGUUGGUUGUGCUGCUGAAUGUUUCAAGGUGUCCGGAAUCUACCCAUACAAUCCAGAUAUCUUCACAGAUGCAGAUUUUCUUCCUAGUGCUGUGACCUAAAGAGAAAUGGAUGAUAACCAAUGUUCAGAAUCACAACAGGAGAAUCCUCAAGAAGCAACACCCCAUGAACAGAGAGAACCAGUUAUGGAUAAUGAGCCUCGUGCUUCUGUUUUCAACAAGGAGCCAAAAAAAUCAUCAACUGCGAGGAACGCUUUUACAGCAAUUGAGAAUGUUUCUCUAGUAACAGAAGCUCCAGCCGAACCAGUUCUGAAAAAAAUGGUGGUAUCUUCCAAGUUCCUGCACAGGUACCAUCUUGCAGCAAUGAAUCGGCCGCAAUCAAAUUGAAACUCCAAGAUAUUUGCCCUAUACCAAAAUCAGGUAUAAGAAAGACCGCAAACAAGCGAAAACAUAAGAAAUCUGAAAUACUUAGUGGUUCUUCAUAUAAAGAACAGCUAUUAGUAGAGAAUCAGUUGAAGAAAACUCCUGAGAAAAAAUCCUAAAAAAA